GAGGGGGCGGGCCGCCCAGGGCGGGCAGAGGGAAGGGAAGAUGGCGGAGGAGGAGAAGCUGCCCGCGGGGUGGGAGAAGCGCAUGAGCCGCAGCUCCGGCCGCGUGUACUACUUCAACCACCUGACGAACGCCAGCCAGUGGGAGCGGCCGAGCGGCGCGGCGCGGGCGGAGCCGGGCCGCGUGCGCUGCUCGCACCUGCUGGUCAAGCACAGCCAGUCGCGCCGGCCCAGCAGCUGGAGGCAGGAGCGCAUCACCCGCUCCAAGGAGGAGGCGCUGGAGCUCAUCAACGGCUACAUCCAGAAGAUCAAAUCAGGAGAGGAGGAUUUUGAGUCUUUGGCUUCGCAGUUCAGUGACUGCAGCUCAGCCAAGGCCGGAGGGGACCUGGGGGCGUUUGGGAGAGGGCAGAUGCAGAAGCCGUUCGAGGAUGCCUCGUUCGCGCUGAGGGCCGGCGAGAUGAGCGGCCCCGUGUUCACCGAGUCCGGCAUCCACAUCAUCCUCCGCACGGAGUGAAGUGCCUUGGCAGGGCGGGAAUUCCCGGGAAUUCCGUGGGGAAUCCGGGUGGGAAUUCGUGGGGAAUCCCCGGGGAGUCUGUGGGGAUCUGUGGGAGUCCUCAGGAACCCACGGGGAUUCACGGGGAUCCUGGGGAAUUCAUGGAGAUCCGCUGAUAUCCGUAGAAGUCUGUUAACUCCACGGGAAGCCAUGGGAAUUCUCAGGAAUCCGCAGG